AUGGCUGACUUCCGGGAGAGCAAUGGAUCAGAGUCGCAGUUCGGCGCGAACGGCCAUAAGACGCGCGUCAGCGUGAGUGGUCCGACUGGCACGGGUGUGAUGGACGCACUCGCGCUCGAUGCACGGCGGCGCGCUGCGUUGGCUGAGAUCGACGAAGCGCGCUUCUCAUGGUUUCAUGCGAAAGUGUGUCUGGUCGCUGGUAUCGGGUUCUUUACCGACGCCAUCGCCUCGAUAAUGCUAGGCUACGUCUACGGCAAAGAUCAAGCUCUCACCAAACACCAAGACCUGGGCGUCAAAGUGGCCACCCCAGUCGGCACAUUAGUCGGGCAAGUGGUUUUUGGCUGGCUUGCAGACAUUGUUGGCAGAAAGAAAAUGUAUGGAGUGGAAUUGCUCAUCAUGGUCGUGUCGACGUUCGCGCAGGCGCUCGUAGGCAAUGCAGCUGCUGUGGAUAUCAUAGCUGUGGUCAUUGUCUGGCGGUUCAUCAUGGGAGUCGGAAUUGGAGGCGACUACCCUCUGAGCGCGAUCAUCUCCUCCGAGUUCGCGCCCAAGAAGACACGCGGGCGAAUGAUGACGGCGGUGUUCGCCUCGCAGGGCUGGGGAAACUUCACCGCCUCCCUAGUAGCAUUCAUCAUCACCGCCGCGUACCGCGACAGCAUCCUCGCCGAGCCCGUGCUCGACCAGCUCAACUCGGUCGACUUCAUGUGGCGCCUCCUCAUUGGGCUCGGGUGCGUCCCAGGCGUCGUCGGCCUCUACUUCCGGCUGACGAUCCCGGAGACGCCGAGGUUUACGAUGGACAUUGAGAGGAACUUGGAGGCGGCGUGUGGGGAUAUUCAGGGGGUUGUGGGUGGAGGUGGGAGGAGAGGAGGGAAAGCGGACGGGGAUGGAGAGGACAGAGAGAACAGGGAAGAGCAGGUGGGUAUUGUGAGGAUACAAGCGCCCAAGGCGAGUUGGGGAGAUUUUAGGGCGUAUUUCGGGAGGAGGGAGAACGCGAAAAUUUUGUUUAGUACGGCGUAUUCCUGGUUUGCGCUGGAUAUAGCCUUCUACGGCCUGGGACUCAACUCGGCCAACAUCCUGCACGCGAUAGGGUUCGGCGAGCCCACGAAGGAGGGGGUGCGCGCUGUCUACGACAACCUCAACAACGUGUGCAUAGGGAACCUCAUCCUCUCUGCGGCUGGCCUCAUCCCGGGCUACUGGGUCGCGUUUUUCUUCAUCGACUCGUGGGGCAGGAAGCAGAUGCAGUUAAUGGGCUUCGUGGUAUUGACAGGGCUUUUCGUCAUUCUAGGUUUUGGGUACGACAAGCUGAAAGACACGAAAGCCUUCGUCUUCCUGUAUUGCCUCGCCAACUUCUUUCAGAACUUCGGACCCAACGUCACGACAUUUGUCAUUCCUGGCGAAAUCUUCCCGACACGCUACCGCUCGACAGCCCAUGGUAUUUCGGCGGCGAGUGGCAAGCUCGGGGCGAUCGUCGCGCAGGUGGGGUUCAGCCAGCUGAAGGAUAUCGGGGGAAGGGAUCAGUUCGUGGGGCACAUUCUCAAGAUAUUCGCGUUCUUCAUGCUCACGGGCGUAUUCUCGACGCUGCUCCUGCCAGAGACGAAGAAGAGGUCGUUGGAGGAGUUGUCGAAUGAGAAGCAGGAGGGGUUCGUGAAGGGGCCAGCCGUGCAGAGGGAUAAUAUAGAACUGAAGAUUAUACCGAUUGCUUCGUCGUGUUAA